AUGCCUCACUAUACUGUUCAAGAAAUUAUGCAGCGCGAUGCUUCAAGCAAGCUACACGUUGUCAUAGUCGGUGCAGGCCUUGGUGGACUUGGAGCAGCUAUCGCUGUUCGCCUGGCUGGUCAUGAUGUUACAGUAUUGGAAUCUGCCCCGUCGAUCGGCGAAGUCGGUGCUGGCAUCCAGGUUCUUCCCAAUGCCAGUCGGGUUCUUUUCUCAUGGGGACUUGAGGAUCGUCUCGUCAAGUUUGCAACCCAACCAAGCAAGUGUAACUUCAUCGGAUGGAAAGGAAACCAUCUCUCUGAGAUGGACUACCAUGGCUAUGCGGCAGCCACUGGUAACUACCCAUUCCUGGACUUUCAUCGAGCUACUCUACACGGCUGUCUUCUGGACCGUUCCAAGGAGUUGGGAGUUGAGAUCCUCACCGGCGCCUCGGUUGAGAAGUACACCAUUGCCGACGACGACACAACAGCGACUGCCUACCUCGCAGACGGUCGCACAAUAGUAUCUGACCUUAUUGUUGGGGCCGAUGGCAUCAACUCAAAGCUGCGAGAACAGUUCCUCGGCAAGGAAGACCCACCUCAGCUCACGGGUGAUCUGGCAUAUCGACUUCUUCUUUCGACUGCGGAGAUGCUCAAAGACCCAGACCUACGACCUUUCGUGGAAAACCCCCAGGUCAACUACUGGGUUGGUCCCGACAAGCACGCAGUCAACUAUGUCUUGAAGGGCGGCGAGCUGUUCAACAUGGUCUUGCUUGUCCCAGAUGACAUUCCACUCGAGCAAGGAAACACGCUACAUGGGACUAUGGAUGAGAUGCGAGCGCACUUUGCUGAUUGGGAUCCUCGCAUUGGCAAGAUGCUUUCUCUUUGUGAUUCUGUUGGUUCCAUCCUCAAGUGGCGUCUAUGCAUCCGUCCCGGCCUUGACCCGACUUGGUCUGAUCCUUCUGGAGCAUUCACCAUGCUUGGUGACGCCGUUCAUGCGACGCUUCCAUACUUGGCUAGUGGAGCAGGAAUGGCACUCGAGGAUGGCGGAGUUCUGGGACUGUGCCUCGCCAAGCUCACAGACAAGUCACCAGAGUCCAAGAGAAAGGCCCUUGACGUGUACGAGGCCUGUCGACGGGAGCGAACAGAGAAGGUGGUCCAGCGAGGCACAUACAACCAGUGGAUCUAUCAUCUAGCUGAUGGACCAGAGCAGAAGGAGCGUGAUGAGCGCUUCAAGCACUUUGGAGACUUUGACCACGCCUGGCUGAGUGGAGAGGAUCCCGUGCUGCCAAAGUCAGAGGAGACAGGCGAGGACCCCUUCCCCUGGAGAUACAAUGGUGUUGGAAGGUGGCUUCUGACAUACGACAUGUGGAAAGAUGUCGACGCCAAGUUUUCCAAAGUGGAAGGUUCAUCUUUAGGGGUAGACACUGUUCGAGCUAGUCUAUAG